UAGCUUCUAGUUAUCUUCGUUGUCUGCUUUACAUCGUCCUUUUGCCCUUUCUUUUACUUGUUUCUUGCCAUCUUUUGUUUCACUUACGUUCUACUAUCUUCUUGUUUAAAGCCAGACUUCGGAUUCAUUCUCCUGAAGACAAAUUUACCAACUGUUUUUUGUUGAAAUAUUGGUAUCACAAUGGCAUCAAAUUCCCUGUCUUCUUCUUCGAACAGCUCCAGUUCCUCCUGGACGCCAAAACAGAACAAACAAUUUGAGAAGGCUCUAGCAGUCUAUGAUAAGGAUACCCCGGACCGCUGGCAAAACAUUGCCAGGGCUGUGGGUGGAAAAUCUGCUGAGGAAGUUAAAAGGCACUAUGAGAUUCUUGUCGAGGACCUCAAGCACAUCGAGUCUGGUAAUUACCCGUUCCCAAACUACAGAACAAAUGGGAACAGCCGCUAAUUAAGAUGGCAGACGGAACCGGAGGCUAAUCAAGUACAAGAGACUGCAUUGAAGACUUCCAACCCACUUACUACAAUUGAAUCUACAAAAUCGUUGAGAAGUGUAUCAUCAUAGCAACUGGAAGUCUCAAAUUUAAGCUACAUCCUUAAUGUUGUAAUCGCACAUUGCCCCCAUGUGGCCUAUAAUCUACCCAGCUUUAGUUUUUUCCUUUUCUCAGUACUGAAAUCACGAUGUAAUAUCAGUUGACUCGAUAUAUGAUUUAUCUGCUUAUCCAGGAAACUUCUUCAUC